CCCUGUGGUGUUUGUCCUGAGAGCUGGACUCAGACGAGAAGGGACUGCUGUGAAGCCAGUAACUGACGGUGGAAGAGCCAGCACCCACCAGGGCACUGAAGUCUGGGACGAAAAGAAUAAGCAGCAACAAGGCAUAAGGGGGAGAAAGUGCAUCAACAAAAGGAGUUGUUAGCAGGAGGAGUGCUGACAUUAAACAGAAGAUGAGUACAUACACAGUGACUCUGAAUGGCCCGGCUCCAUAUGGCUUCAGACUACAGGGAGGAAAGGACUUCAACAUGCCCCUCACCAUCUCCAGGAUAACUCCUGGCAGCAAGGCAGCAGGUGGCACCGUGGCCCAGGGCGACAUCAUCUCAGCCAUCGAUGGGGUCAGCACCGAGGGGAUGAGCCACCUGGAGGCCCAGAACAAGAUCAAGUCAGCAAUCAACAAACUUACACUCGCCAUGCAGAAAUCCAGACGUCCCGCUCCAGUUUCCACAGCAGCUCCAAGAGUGGACUCGCCGAUGCCCGUCAUCCCACACCAGAAGGUUAUUGCAAACACAGCUGCAAACAUGGAGUACACCCCCAGCUUCAACCCAAUAGCUUUGAAAGACUCAGCGCUGUCCACCCACAAACCCAUUGAAGUAAAGGGCCCAGGAGGAAAGGCCACUAUCGUUCACGCUCAGUACAACACACCAAUCAGCAUGUACUCACAGGACGCCAUAAUGGACGCCAUUGCAGGACAGUCGCAGGCCAAAGGACAUGACAGCGAGGAGGCCGGCUCUCCUUUGGCUGGAGUUCUCCCAAUCAAGGAGCCAGUGGUGGACUGUGCAUCUCCUGUGUACCAAGCAGUGAUCAGGCCAGCAGAGACAAACCAAGACAUGUCUGAGUGGGCUCGCCGUGCUGCCAACUUGCAGUCGAAAAGCUUCAGGAUCCUGGCUCACAUCACUGGAACCGAAUACCUGCAAGAUCCAGAUGAGGAGGCACUGCAGAAAUCAAGAGAGCGAUUCGAGUCAGAGGUCAAGGGGCCGCGCUUUGCCAAAUUGAAGAACUGGCAUCACGGAUUGUCUGCACAGAUCCUCAACGUCCAGGAAUAAAGAGGAGAAGGAUAUUCAAAGUCACAGAAAGGAGGACAUGUACACAUGGAAAGAAGCGAUGGAGUGAACAGGAAGUGGGGAUAAUUUAUGAGAGAAAGUGAACAAAAGGAGGAGGAAAGCGAGCUAUAGCUGUUGCCUAGAUUAGUAGAAAGUGUUUUACUUUAUGUUAGUAUGAGAAUGCUAUGUGUCUAUAAAUUAAAGUGUCAAAUAUAUCUGUCUCUUAUUUAGACCUGGUCUCACAUUUAUUAGUACUGAUUAUUGGAGUUCUCUUAAAUUAAAGUGAAGAUGUACAAAGAAAACAAAUAUUCAAGUGAAACUGCAGAAAUGUUUCUUGUUCUUUUCUUUUUUUAAAUUUCUUUUUUGCUCCUAAAAAAAAACUACAUCAUCAUGUUGGUCAGAUGUGACAGCAAGAGAAAUACAGUUUAUCUUUAUGCACAAGUACGGUAUGUAAAAAUGCACUCAGAAAUGUACUGAUAUCAAUGUGAAUAAAUGUUUUAUUAAAUCUA